AUGGCAGCUAGGGACCGCUUUGGUGGUGCCUAUGCUGACCUGGGCCUAACUCCGCUGCAACGAGCUGUUCGCCAUGCUUGCGAUAUCUCUCACUACGAACCCAAUCUUGCCCUGAACCUCGAAGUCGCGGACUUGAUCAAUUCCAAGAAAGGCAAUGCUCCCCGUGAAGCGGCAUUUGAGAUUGUCCGCCUGAUCAACUCUCGAAAUCAGAAUGUCUCCUUACUGGCGUUGGCUCUCCUCGACAUCUGUGUCAAGAAUUGCGGAUAUCCUUUCCAUCUCCAAAUCAGUACCAAGGAAUUCCUGAAUGAGCUGGUCCGACGGUUUCCUGAGAGGCCAGCGUUGCGCCCCUCAAGGGUUCAACAUCGCAUCCUGGAGUCGAUCGAGGAAUGGCGACAGACUAUUUGUCAGACGUCGAGGUACAAGGAGGAUCUGGGACAUAUUCGGGAUAUGCACCGUUUACUUCUCUACAAGGGUUAUGUCUUUCCGGAAAUCCGAAACGAGGACGCUGCAGUCUUGAACCCCAGCGAUAAUCUCCGGUCGGCCGAGGAAAUGGAGGAGGAAGAAAGAGAGGCCCAGUCAGCGAAGCUCCAGGAGUUGAUCCGGAGAGGUACGCCGGCGGAUUUACAAGAAGCGAAUCGGUUGAUGAAGGUGAUGGCCGGAUAUGAUAAUCGACACAAGACUGAUUACCGGGCUAAGGCAGCCGAGGAAGUUGCUAAGGUACAACAGAAGGCCAAGAUUCUGGAGGAAAUGCUGCAAAGCCAGAAGCCGGGAGAUCGGGUCGCAGAAGGAGAUGUAUUCGAGGAACUUGCCAAUGCCUUACAAAGUGCCCACCCUAAGAUUCAGAAAAUGUGCGAAGAGGAGUCGGAUGAUCCGGAAGCUGUCCACAAAUUGCUAGAAAUCAAUGAUAGCAUACACCGCACCAUCGAACGGUACAAACUUGUCAAGAAAGGCGAUCUGGAUGCCGCAUCGAGGAUCCCUAAAGGCACCUUAGGAACAACGACCGGUGUGUCUAAAAACGCGAACAAUGAACUGUCCUUGAUCGAUUUCGACCCGGAGCCCAGCUCAAACGGUGAUACCUCGCAACCAGCGGGAGGAAGCUCUUUGGAGAAUGAUCUGCUCGGACUUUCGAUAGAAGAGCCAGCCCCCACUGGUGGUAUUUCCCUCGGACCUGGACCUGGACCUAUGCCUCCUAUGGUUUCUUCUACGCCGCCGGUGCCACAGGCCCCUCCAGCAUUCAAACCCAACUACGAUAUCCUGUCAUCGUUGAAUACCUCCCGUCCAGUGUCUCAAUCAUCAACGCCCGCACCGGCAGCGAUGCGCCCUCACAGCACCACUGCUACUCCGCCUCCGGCAGACCCUUUUGCCUCGCUGGUUUCGGCCAGUUCGCGGCACCCCAGUCCGUUCCCCUCGGUAACCCUCAGCCAACAACCCGCAUCGGCAGGAUCUGCCCUCCUAGACCUGGUGGGAGGUAGUUUUUCGCAACCCCUGGAUAGUCGCCCGAAGGCAGCCGAGGAGGACGAGUGGGAUUUCGCGUCCUCUCUCCCUGAAGGCAACAGUCUGCCGACGACGAAUCGCGUGCAGGUGUUAAACUCGUCGUUGCGGGUUGAAGUCGUGGCGCGACGACACCCUCAGCAGGCCCGGCAGAUCCAUAUGGUGGCUUUGUUUUCCAAUGGCACCAACCAGCCACUGAGCGAGUUGCAUUUCCAAGUAGCGGUGGAGAAGGCAUAUACGUUACAGCUUCGGCCCCAGUCGGGGCGGGAUAUUGCUGCGCUCCAAGCGAACGGCGUUCAACAGGAAAUGUUGGUGAGUGGCGUCGAAGCGGGCAAAGGUAAUUCGAUUAAGAUGCGGUUCAAAGUUUCUUAUCGGGUAGGCAACGAGCGAAAAGAGGAACAGGGAAUGGUUCCUCCCUUGGGAAUAGCUUAG